GACGCAGCCUACAGCACACGUCUAUUGCUAGAUUAUUUUAAAUUGUGAUUAUUUUUUUUAACUGGAAGUGCAGUGCUGUGAAGUGCUAUGGCUGAGGAAGGCGCUGCCGCCACUGGAGGUGCCACUGCUGGGGAGAAAGUGAUACACACUUAUCCUUUGAUAAGGCAUUCCGACAUGUCGGAGGAGAUGCGUACCGAAGCCAUGGAGCUCUCAGUGACGGCUUGCGAGAAGUUCUCCCAAAACAAUGAGCUCGCCGCGCGAAUGGUCAAGGAGUCCAUGGACAAGAAAUUCGGUCCCGCUUUCCACGUGGUCGUUGGCGAAAGCUACGGUUUCGAAAUAACAUAUGAAUGUACGACAAUUUGCUACAUGUAUUUUGGUGGAAAUCAAGCAAUAUGUAUUUGGAAGUGUUCGUGAAAAUUUGCGCGGUAGGAGGACAAUUUUAUUACGGCCUAGCCAUGUGGAUGCGAUCGCUAUACCGUCUAUUGAAGUAUAGACUGCGGCGGCCUUUGCUCACAAUAUCAUAGAAAUCAAUACAUCUCUCUAACUGCACGCCUCGUAAAAGUACUGACGUCGCGUGUCUGGGCCGUACUGGGAAGACUGAGUGACCUCAAAUGAGAGACCUAACACGUUUUCUAUAAUAAAAAAAAUCUAAAAAAAGACUUGUCAAGAAAUGUUUGUGUGUCAUUUUAAAAAUCGAGUGGUUAAAGGGUAAUUGCUUAGAAUAUUAUUAUAAAAAAGGUCUUAAAAAGCUAGCAUGGUGAGAUAACUACACUACAAUAUAUAGUUUUUAUACCAAAAAUUUAUGAAAGCCAAAUGUUGUACUUAUAGGUCACGAUAGCAUAUUCAUAGCGAUUAUUAACGAGGGCUGUCUAGGACCCCAGAGGGGGCUGACUAUGUAG